AAUGGGGGGUAAUAGGUUCCACUCUAGGUGUGGCGACUCGAUAAUAUUGUCCAAUGGAAGUAGGACCGCAGAAAGAAGUCAAGCUAGUCAUGAAUUCAAUCACGGGCUUGUUUUUAGUCACUCACCCCUUCGCGAUGAACAACUGUUCGAAGUCGUGAUAGAAAGGAAGGUCAGCUCAUGGAGUGGUGGCAUACAGAUUGGAGUGACUCCCUGCAACCCCUGCACGCUGGAGCUUCCUGCCAGUGCCAAUGACCUCCGAAAUGGCACUUGGAUCAUGUCGGGCAUCUCCGUGUCGCGGGACGGGCGGUCGGUGAUCGACAUCUACGGCUCCGACCUGGACCAGCUGGCCGAGGGCGACACCGUGGCCGUGUCGCGCUCGCACGAUGGCGAGCUGGUAUUCUACGUGAACGGCUCGCCACAGGGCGUGGCCGGCACCGGUCUGCCGUCCCAAGUAUGGGCUGUGGUCGAUCUGUAUGGCAAGUGCGCGCAGGCGUCCGUCACCAAUCCCAACCAGCACAGCGAGCGCGACAACCGGUGCGAUGCGCCGGACGUGGCCGACCGGCUUCACUUCCACGGCCGGCACGGGGCGCUGGUGCUGCUGACGCGCGACGACCGGACGGCGGAGCGGCGCCGCCCGCUCGACGAGUUCAACAACGGCGUGGUGCUUACGCACCGACCGCUCCGCGACGACGAGCUAUUCGAGAUCCGGAUCGACCGUUUGGUGGACAAGUGGUCGGGCUCGAUCGAGGCAGGCAUCACAACCCACUGUCCGGACACGCUCAAGAUCCCGGCCACCAUGACCAACCUGCGCACCGGCACCAUCAUGAUGUCCGGCUCCGGCAUCCUCACCAACGGCAAGGGCACCCGCCGCGAGUACGGCACGUUUAACCUGGACGAGCUGAAGGAGGGUGACCGGAUUGCCAUGAUGCGGCGGAGUAACAACACCCUGCAUUUCUUCAUCAACGGUCUGGACCAGGGUGUGGCCGCCACCAAUGCACCCAGCACGGUCUGGGGCGUGGUUGACCUCUACGGUAUGACUGUUAAGGUGAGCAUCGUAGCGGGUGAGGAGCGGGUGUUGUCGGGCGCGCCGACGCACCUGGUGCCGGACAACUCGCGCGGCCUGCCGCUGCCAGCGCCGUCCGACCUGCUCACCUUCCAUCCGAGCUGCGGCAGCCACUCGGCCGUGCUGGCCGACGGACGCACCGCACACCGGCCGAACGCCAUGGACGACUUCAACAACGGCGUGGUGAUGACGAGCCGGCACCUGCGACCGCAGGAGCUGUUCGAGGUGCGGCUCGACAAGGUGGUGACCAAGUGGGCCGGCUCCAUCGAGAUCGGCGUUACCACGCACGGUCCCACCGAGCUCGAGUACCCGUCCACCAUGACCAAUGUCAGGUCCGGCACCUGGAUGAUGACCGGCAACGGCGUGAUGCACAACGGCACUGCCGUCAUGGACGACUACGGACACAACCUGGACCGGCUCAAGGUGGGUGACCGAGUGGGCGUGACGGUGCACGAAGACGGUCGGUUGCACUUCUUCGUGAACGGCGUGGACCAGGGCGUGGCGGCGCUGGGCGUGCCUCGCGCCGUCUACGGUGUGGUUGACCUGUACGGCCAGGCGGCGCAGGUCACUAUGGUGGACCGCGGCCGCUCGCCGGCCCCCUCGCCCGUCGCUUCCACCGGCUCGUCGUCCACACUCUACAGCGACCUCAAGUUCCACCAGCUGCACGGCCGGAACGCCCGGGUGUCCAUGAACGGCAUGACCGCCAGCCGACCGAACGCGCACGGCGAGUUCAACGGCUCCAUCAUCAUGUCCAACCGGCCGCUGCGAGACGGCGAGGUGUUCGAGGUGAUCAUCGAGCGCAUGGUGGACCGGUGGAGCGGCAGUAUCGAGGCCGGGGUGACCCUGGUGCCGCCCGAGAGUCUCAGCUUCCCCCGCACCAUGACCGACAUCGAGUACGACACCUGGAUGAUCUCCGGCUCGGCCGUCAUGAAGGACGGUGUCACCAUCAAGAGCCGGUACAAGUGUGACUUGGACGCGCUAGGCGUGGGCUCGCGCAUCGGCCUGGCCCGCCUGGCCGACUCGACGCUGCACGUCUACAUCAACGGCGAGGAUCAGGGCGUGGCGUGUGACGCCGUGCCGCCCAACGUGUACGCCGUGAUCGACCUGUACGGCCAGUGCGCCCAGGUCAGCGUGCUCAACCACGUGACCCGGCUGCAGGACAACAGCCUGCUCUGCUCCGACUCGCAGAUCCUGGAGAGCUCUCAGGCGCUCAGCAUACUGCUCGGCAACGAGAUAGCACACAGAUUUAGCCUGUGCUGUGGGAAGAAUGUGAACCUGCGCAAUAAUAAUACGACAGCCGUCCGUCUGCGGGGCUUUUCGAACUCCGUGGUAAUCACGUCAUCGCCCCUGCUUCCGGACGAACUGCUCGAGCUGCGGAUUGAGCAGCUGUGUGAUCAGUUCUCUGGUUCCCUGAGACUGGGUCUUACAUGUUUCUCGCCCAACAACGUGGGCUGCAUGCCUGCCAGCCUGGAUCUGAUACCUGACCACACCUGGUGGAUAGAAGGGAGUGAGGUGCGCAGGGACGGCGGCUGUGUGCGGCUCAACUACUGCCCGAGCCUGGACCGGCUGCGGCGCGGGGACCGGGUCGGCAUCCGCUGCACCUCGGACAGCUGCCUCCAGCUGGUCAUCAACGGCGAGGACAUGGGCGUGGCCUCGUCCGGCCUCCCCAAGCGGGUGUGGGGCGUGGCCGAGCUGUACGGCCGGACACAGUCGGUGACGGCGGUCAGCACGUCGCGGGCGCUGGCGUCGCCGGGCGGCGGCGCUCUGCCGGCCGCUGUCGCCGCCGACUCUCCCGGCUCGGUGAUGCAGGACUCGCUGGAACUCUGCGGACCGCGGCCCACCGCAGCUCCGCGGCCGGGCGGGCCGGUCGCCGCCGCCGCGGACCGCUUCCACGAUUGCCACGGCCGCAACAUCGCACUCAGCAACAAAGGCUGUGUGGCGCGCCGCGUGGCCAGCUACAACCAGGGCCUGGUGCUGUCGGCCCAGCCGCUGCGGCCCGGACAGCUGUUCGAGGUGCGGAUCGAGCGGCUGCUGCCGUGCUGGAGCUCGUCGCUGAUGGUGGGCGUGUGCCGACUGAGUCCGGAGCGGGCCUCCAGCCUGCCCGUGUCGGCCCUAGGACUACGCCGAGCUGCGUGGUACAUCGCAUCCGAUGCCGUCUUUCACAACGGCGUCAAGGUCCGCAGCCGGUACGGUGUGGACCUGGACACGCUGUCGUCGGGCCACCUGGUGGGCGUCAUGGUAGACGCGCAGGCGCGGCUCCACCUGUACGUCAACGGCGCGGACCAGGGCGUGGCCGCCGCGCCCGUCAGCACGCCCUGCCACGCGCUGCUCGAUCUCUACGGCCAGUGUGUGCAGGUUUCUGUGUGCCAGUCGGACGGGGCGGUGGAGGAGUGGCCCUCGGCCGAUCCUCUCCGCAGACUGCACGGCGCCGAGCGCGCCCCUCCCGACGUGGCGCCCGCCGUCAUGAAGAACUGUACCUUCCAGAACGCCUGCCUACGCUUCAAAGCUGCCCUCGGCCUGCCCGACGAGUACUUCUCGUCGGAGCCGGCGCAGUGCCUAUGCGAGCCGCAGACUGUACCGGACUUCAUCGUGUCAUCCCCAUCGGCCUGUUUAGCAUUGGUUUCACGCUCACCGCCUUGUGGUGAGUGCCUUGACUGCAUCUGGUGCUGUUGGCCGGCAGGGGAGCUGGGUAUGCAGGGUCUGGUGAUGGGGCGCAGCAAGGACGACGAUUCGGGCCGGGCUGAGCUCGUCUUCUUCCCGUCCCUCCGCCAGGCGGGUCUCGGCGCCACCUGGCCUGCCCUCAGGUACACGGAGCCGGUGCUGGGCCGGGUGGCGUGCAGCGCCGUGCUGGAGCUGCGCGUGCGGCCCGGUUCUUACACGGUGCUGUCGGGCGCUAGCGACGGGCCACGCUGGGCCACCAAGGAGCGGGCGGCCACGGCACUCGCCGCCCUCCUACUCCGCCUGGAGCCCAUCUAGGGCGGAGCACUCUGUGCGGUGCUCGGCUCAGAGGUGGCUCCAGCCCUACCACGCGCUGCGGCUGUGGACCGCGCCGGCCCGUGCACGGGUUGCAGCCCGCCAGGCUGUGCCACCAGCGGCUGUCGUUCGGACGCCGCCCCGCUCUGUGCGCCGAUGCUGCAGCCGGCCACCGGUGGACGGCGCCGGCCCGUGUGUGGGUGGUAGCCCGCCAGGCUGUGCCACCAGCGGCUGUCGUUCGGACGCCGCCCCGCACUGUGCGCCGACGCUGCAGCCGGCCACUGCCCGCCGCCUGCUGUCGCUGUUGGCUGCCGCCGUCUGCUGAAGGUGGCGCUGCGCGCGCUUUCGCCAAUUUUUACUGCAUAAUAGACACGUGACGAUUUCA